AUGCUCAGCCUUGGAAUACCUUCCCGAGCUCAGAUUUUUGAAAGAAAACAUAGUCAAAAUCCACCAGUGGCUUACCGACAGCAUCGGGAGGCGCGAGCCGCUGUACGCCACGGGAUACCACUACUGACCACAAUACGUCGUGGUCUCGGGCCAGUCGUUCCAGUCGCCGUGGCUGGUCGAAAUUUACCCGACGGUCGCCAAGGAGCUCUGGCAGAUGGCGGUCCAGAUUCCGGUCUUGGCCUAUUUGGUCGAGGAGGAGGAGGAGGCGGCGGCUGA